ACAGGAAGCUGCAGCAUGAAGGAGUAUCUGUAGCAGCAGCACUGACUUACAAUGAUGCUGCCGAGUGUUUGUGACCUGUUUUAUUUGCUUGCUAAGCUUCAACCAGGCUCCACUCCAUAGAGAUUCCUACAAUUCACACUUGAAAUUGUCCUACACUUGCUUUUAUGAUUAUGGUGUUAACCAUAUUAAACAUCUGUGUGGGCAGCAUCUUACAUCCUUUGACACCUACAGACAACUUCCAACAAGCCCAUGACACAAACACGAACAUCUGAGGACAGAAACCAUCAAACUUUCUCAUGGAGAGAAAGGCACAUUAUGAUUCCAUCCUGGACCGAAGCAAACGCAUUAUGUGGCAGGACGACUGCUAUGUGGAUCUUCAGUCAACGCCCUGCUCUGCCUCUUCACAAGCACAAACGGAGGAUCAUGGCUGGAUCCAAAAAUACCAAGACCAGCUGCAACGCUUCAUUACAACCCCCUUCCUUGAAGGACUGCUAACCCAUUUGAAAAAAUUUGAAGUACUGAGCUCAGCGGAGGAGACCAGGAUCAAGGAAGUGGGCGGGCUGCGGGACCAAGUUAACAUGCUCACAACUAUUGUUGCUGGGAAGGACACUCGAGGGUCUGAUGUCCUUCAGGGCUUUAUAGAGAACUCAGAUACUCAGGUGGCCCAGCUCAUUUUAAACCAUGAUUCCAUGGUGAAGAAGCAUAAAGAGGAGCUGCUACAGCGAUAUGAGCAGUGCAGAGACAGAGAUUCAGUAAGCUGCACCAAACUGAACAUCUCCUCUAGAACCUUACUUAUGGUUGAUGGACUUUCUGACCUUCAGCAAAAGGAACAUGACUUAAUGCAGGUGGGGGUGACUAGAGGAAAGAAAAGAAAUCAUCUAAGACAGCUCCCGCUGGCCAAACUCUGGGAGCCCUUGACCCGGGUCAGUUUACCUCCCAGGGUCUCGCUCACUGUCGGGGUUGCCGGUAUCGGUAAGACAACCUGGGUCCGACACUUCAUUAGACAGUGGAGCCAAGGGGCCAUCUGUCCAGAUGUAAGCUUCGUCUUGCCCUUCACUUUUUGUGAGCUGAACUCAUUGGAGAAACUUUCUGCUGAGAGGCUUGUGAAAAUGGCUUUUCCUCAUUUAACAGACCCCAGUCUGGUCCUGAGCAGCUCCUGCCGCACACUGAUAAUACUUGAUGGUUUGGAUGAAUUCCGCUACACUUUGAAUUUCUCAGAUGCAGCGCCUUGCAAUGACCCAAAGAAAGAAGUGUCCAUUGAUGACCUGGUUACUAAUAUCAUCCGAGGGAAUUUGCUCCCUGACAUAGCGGUGUGGGUGACGUCCAGGCCAAGAGUUGCCUCACUCAUCCCUGGUGGACUGGUUGACAGGGUGACAGAGAUCCCAGGAUUCAGCCCAAAGGACAUCCAGCUCUUCCUAAACCACCAUUUCUCUGAGAGUGAUUUCGCUAGUAAAAUAUGGGCACACCUGGAGUCCCAUAAGAUCUUAAUGGUGAUGUGCUAUAUACCAUGCAUUUGCUGGAUAGUAGCUGAUACUCUGAUGUACAUCAUGCAGAGUGGAACACAAGAGAGCCUUCCAAAGACUUGUACUGAACUGUAUGCUCAUUUUUGUUCCAUGAAGGCAGAAGUAGGUGAACCACGAGGCAGGGAGCCUGUAAAAAUUGAUCAGCUCCAUGGAAGCAAUCGUAAGCUGCUGGGGAAUCUUGGACGACUGGCAUUUUAUGGACUUCUCAAACACAAGUACACCUUCAGUGAGCAAGACCUCAGGACCUAUGGAAUAGAUCUGCUGUUAACUCAGUGCAGUCUUGGUGCUGGAGUUCUUGUUCGGGAGGAGUCACCCAUACACACAACAUAUCGGUUCACUCAUUUGACUCUUCAGGAGUUUCUUGCAGCUACUUUCUACCAUGCCUCUUCCAAAAGGGCCAUUUUUGACUUAUUCUCAGAGAGCACUAUGUCUUGGCCCAAGAUUGGUUUCCAGAACCACUUCAGAAGUGCCAUUCAGCACUCACAACAAGCUGAAGAUGGUCACUUGGAUGUGUUUGUGAGGUUUCUAACAGGCCUGCUGUCGUCACUGGCACUGAAACCUCUCGCCGGGCUUCUCGCCCUUGGGAAAGAUGAUGGCAAUCAGAAGGCAUGGGCAGCAGGGUUUUUACAUGGCCUCUUGGUCAGCGGAGGUGCUGUCGUGUCCCUCCGUGCAGUCAACCUAGCUUACUGUUUACAGGAGCUACAACAUACAGAGUUGUUGCGAAGUGUAGAGGAAGAUUUACAGCUUGGUAACCUAGCAGGAAAGUUAACACGGGCUCACUGUGUUGUGCUGGGCUACCUGCUGCACGUUUCUCCUGAGUGCAGUGAACAAACCAACCUAACAGGAUCUCUGAACUACACAACGGUGAAAUGUUUGCUCCCACAGCUGUUGUACUGCAGCCAUCUCAGGUUAGAGAAUAAUCAUUUCAAAGAUGAUGUCAUGGAAUUGCUUGGGAGCCUCCUGAGCGCCAAGGAUUGCCAUAUCCAGAGGAUAAGUUUGGCAGAGAAUUCCAUCGGCAACAAAGGUGCCAAAGCCCUGAGUCGAGCCCUUCUUGUGAACCGGACGUUGACUUUUCUCGACCUCCGGAACAACAAAAUCGGCUCUAAGGGUGCAAAGUUCCUGGCAGAGGCUCUUAAAAUGAACCAAGUCCUAAUAUCAGUCAACUUCCAGAACAAUGCCAUUGAGGAGGAAGGUGCUCAGGCCCUUGCAGACAUUUUGCAGUGCAACCGCAAACUGGUGUCUCUGAAUCUAAAGAAGAAUACGAUUGGAGCAGGAGGAGCCAAAAAGAUUGCUGAUGCGCUGAAGACAAACCAGACUCUUACAAAGCUGAUUCUUUGUAGCAACCAGCUGGGAGACAAAGGAGCAAUCGCUUUGGCAGACGCGUUGGCCGUUAACCACACUCUGCUGUCACUGCAACUUCAGAGUAACUCCAUCAGCAACAAAGGGAUGACAGCAUUAACCAAAGCACUUAGACUGAACCGUGGACUUGUCUCCUUGAAUUUAAGGGAGAACUCAAUCGGUGUGGAGGGAGCAAAGAACAUGGCCCACGCUCUCCAUGAAAACAACUCUCUUCAAGAACUUGAUCUCACAGCCAACCUGCUGCAUGAUGAAGGGGUACAAGCUAUAGCUGGUGCGAUCAAGGUUAAUCAAGGCAUCACCUCGUUGCAUCUCCAGUGGAAUUUCAUCAAGUCCUCCGCCACUAAAGCGCUGGCCCACGCACUCCUCUCAAAUGCAACCAUGCAGCUCCUGGAUCUACAGGAGAAUGCUAUUGGGAAUGAAGGCGUCAUUUUUCUUGCUGAUGCUCUGAAAACCAACACAUCCCUGCGUACAUUAUGUCUCCAGGGUGUUUCAGUGGGCACAAGUGGUGCCAUUGCAAUGGCAACGGCUCUAACGACCAACCAAACCCUGCAAACAUUAGACCUCCGAGGAAAUGCUGUAGGGAUGGAGGGAGCUAAGGCUCUGGCUAAUGCAUUGAAAAGCAACAGAAGCCUGAAGUCACUGAAUCUGCAGGAGAACUCUCUGGGUAUGGAUGGAGCCAUAUUCAUUGCAACGGCCUUGAAGGGGAACCACCAGUUGACAUACAUCAAUUUGCAGGGAAACGGCAUUGGAGAAUCCGGAGCAAAGGUCAUAUCUGAUACUAUACGAGCCAACGCUCCAGGCUGUGUGGUUGACAUGUAACCAAGAACUUCUACUGAGGAAGGUCACGCCUGUAGCUCAGUAAUAACAGCGCACAAUGUUAUCAGAGCAUACACGAUGUAGUUUAGUUAAAUUUUAACUGUAUGUUGAUACUUAAAUAUCACUUUUAAACUGUUAUACUAGUUUAAGUGUAUUUUUAGAUAGAUGUUUGCAUAUUUAUUUUGACAUUAUUAUUGAAAUGGCAGUUGCCAUCAAAUGUUAUUUCAGCAUGUUUUUAUGUGAAAUACUCUCACCAUCUGUAGUCACAAAGUGGAGCUGCAUCCCUCUUUAGCUCUCCUAACUGAUGUGUCAUUCUAUACUUUGUUAGAAUGAAAGAAAAAGACAUAUAGGAUUAAAACAGAUAAAAUGGACACUGCAAUUCGCAUGGCAUCAUUGUCAUUUUCCACACUCCUUUCCACGUCUGCUUUGCUGAUGUAUAAAAUUCAUGUACAAAACAUCUCAUGGUGACAAACUUACUCAGUGUGGACACGUGCAUCAGUCUGGUUCUCCUGACAAGCUGCAGAAUGUGUAGCACACAUGUGAGCUUAUAGCUGCUGCUUCCUUAUAAAGGAAGGACAUAAAGGACAUAAAGGAAACACACAGACACCAGCCCCAUGGGGUUUGAAACAAAGUAAUUAAUUGUCUUAAAGCUUCAACCGGUAUCCAUGGAAAAAGAAAAACAAAUAGAUGAUGGUUUGAACAGGGUCUUAUAGAACUUGUUAUGGAUCUAUACAGUCUUUGUUUGGGCUUCUGCAAGUGAUCACUGUAGAGAAAACAAGAGAGGAGCAGUUCAGAGCUUUACCCAAGGAGACACCAGAUAUUUAGCUGGAUAUUUUAUAUCCAUAAGUAUAAGUAGAGUGAGACCUUACUUGAGAGCCUAAACUGCAUGGGUAGAAAUUCAUUAAUUUCUUCAAAACACAAUCCCAUCAUAGAAAGAAAAAAAAAAAAAAAAAAAAACACCUGCGUUGCGGCGCCUCAG